AUGGAAUCCGACUCAUUUGGCAUGAAGAAUCCAUCGCCCGAGGCGUUUGUCAUGGACGUGCAGAAGCAAGACCCCGAAAGAGACGAGGACGAUACCCAUCGACAAAAAGGAGGCCAAUUGAAAGGCCGGAAUGGGUUACUCAGACAGAGGAAUCGACGUUGGAUGUUUCUCAAUACCACAGCAAGCGAUAUUCACGUGUACUACUAUGGCUCAGCGCAAGGGACCACAAGCCCACAUUACCCCCGCAGAACUACCUGUCUGGUUCGAGGGCUUAGUUCAAUACCUGUGCACAAUCAAAGAUUGGAGUACGACCCAACCCUCAUGACUUAUUUUGAGCAUACAAUAUGCAGCAGCUCGACCCUUGUCGAUAAUGCGCAUUACAAUCCCUAUCGCUAUCUGAUUCUUCCGAUGGCCUUGGAGUCUGAGGGACUGUACCAUGCCACCUUGGCCAUCGCCGCAAAUACUCUCAGAUUAUCUAAUUCGCGAUAUCGAUUACCGGCAUUGGAGCAUCACAAUCAUGCUUUAACAUACCUUCGGAUGCUGUUGACUCGCGAGAGGUGGGAUGAGAAAGAACUAGAUGAGAUGCUUGGAUUAGUCCUCAUGUUAUGCUGGUUCGAUAUAUCAGAUUAUAGCCGACCGUCAUGGGUGACGCACCUGAGUGGGUUCCAAGAUCUCAUCAAUACCCGACGAGAACGACCGGGGCGCUCGAUCCACAGCCAAGAGCUGGCCAGUUUCUUCAACAGAUAUUUUAUGUUCCACUUGGUCUUGGCUCGGACGGCCUUUCGAGUCGACAAUUCAACAUCAACAUCAAGCAAGACUUUCGUCUCAGAGAACGUGCUGGGUUCGCCACACGUCAUCGAUCCGUAUAUGGGCUUCAGCCAUUCUCUCCUCAGUUUGAUUCACAGAACUACUGAGCUAGCAUGGACGGAAACAGAAACAAAGAGCAAUCCGGAUCCGCAAGAUGUGCUCCGGUUAAGAGAAGAGCUUGAAAAUCUGGAGCAAAGUGUCCCUGCUGAGUUCAUGGACCCAGAUACCGAGUGCAUGGCAAUUGCUGAAGCAAAUCGCCUGGGCGCCUUGAUUCUUCUCCACGAAACAUGCUCCCCAAGGCCAGGGUCCAAAGGCCAAGGCCUUCCAAUUCUAGAUUCUAGAGCAAAAGACACUUAUGUGGAUCUCAUUUUGGGUCUUAUCAUAUCAAAGAAAGCCAACAUGAUGCGGACCGCUGUUUUACCGCUGUGGCCUCUCUUUUUGGCGGGGUGUUGCUCGUCUACCGAAGAUCAACGACUCGCUGUUCUGCAAAUUUUCGAAGAGCUUGAGGGUAUACGCCGAUUCGGAAACAUAACGCCUGCGAUGGAAGUCGUUCAGAUGGUUUGGCGACAGAAGGAUCUCUCAGCACAAGAUGAGCGGAAAGGUAAACAAGCGUUGUCUACAAGCGAGGAAAGAGAAACAGGCCAUGAGCCUCGGUUUCCAUGGGAGCAUGCUAUGUCAAUACUUGGUGGAUGGAAACUCAGCUUGACUUGA